UCAUAAAGCGAACCGGAGCUGCCCACAUACAAGUCACUCGGAAUUCAGGACUCUUGUCGGGUUAGCAAGACAUCUCCGCUUCUUCUGGCAAAAAGGAAACAAACAACUCCCCCCAAAAACACCCAGGCAGCGGGGGAUAGAGAGCACAGACACGGGACUAACACAUGUUCCCACCCCGUCGAUGUCAUCCGUAGCCACCCAGGCUCCGAUCGGCCCUUCGGGGGCAGCAGCGGACCCGAGACCCCGGGAGGGCAUCCUGGCUGGGUCACCUGCACAGGAUUCCCGGCAAGGCUCGGAGGCGCCUUUCCGCGCCCAGCCUGCCCCACGUGCCUGCGACGCGGAGCCGCCUGCCAAUCGGAAACCUCCCUCUGCAGGCGAACCGCCCGGUCAGCCCGCAGACCUCGGUCAGCGUCCAGACCGAGCAUCCGGGUCUCCGGGAAGCACCACGCUCAGCGUCCCAGGCCGAGCAUCCGGGUCUCCGGGAAGCACCACGCUCAGCGUCCCAGGCCGAGCAUCCGGGUCUCCGGGAAGCACCACGCUCAAUCUCCGAAACGGCGAGAAAAAUCGAGCCUCCGACCGCUGGCUCGGGAAGAGGUGACACGGCAGCCAGGCGCUCCUAAUCCC